AUGGGUUCGAGCAGCUCUUGCUCCAAAGUAUCCCCAGAUAGUAUUUCAUUCCCAUAUAAAUAUAUCUCUGAUUUAGAAGAUUCAUAUUAUAAUUCCAAAGCUAUCAAGAUGAAACCAAUCAUUUUUUCACAACAGCAGCGUAAAAAGGUUAUUGUUCCUAAAUGUGUUUGGUUUAAAAGAUUUGAAAUCAAAUAUGCAUUCCCAAUCAUACCAAUAUGCUGUGAUGGAGAAAAUGUUGACUUUAAUGUUGGUUGUGACUACUAUUUCAUUAACAAUAACAAUGAAAUAGGAUAUUUAAAGCUUACAUAUGAAGAAAAUGAUAGUAUAACUCCAAGGGUCGAACAUGAAAUAGUCCGAGAAGUUAAUGUAACUAAUAUAGUCGAAAAGAGGAUGUUGAAGAUUGCAAAUCUGUUGCUUAAUCCAAUAUCAAAAACAUUGUCAUCACAAAUUCAAGAUUUGAACUGCGAUCUUCCAUAA